CCCCACCCCUUCCAUUGCAGCACCACUGAUACCCCGCGGAAGUUGUUCGUGUGUGUGGAGUAGGACGGGAUGUUUGUGUGAAAUACGUCGACAUUUUACUGUACUUUUUUUGACGGUUUGAUAAUCUGUUGCAGAAACAGAUGAACGGUAAUUCGUUGGAGCAAAAUGUUGGAGUGUGGCAUGCUGGAGCGGGACAGACGCGCUCUUCGGAGACGCUCCAAUAUUCUCAUCAAACAGCUGGUGGUGGAUGAGCUACUCAUACAGUCCUUACAGGCAGACGACAUCCUAACCGAAAGCAUGGCGGAGAGCAUCAUGGCUGAGCAAACAUCUCAGAAACGAAGCUGGCGCUUACUACUAUUCUUGCCAAAACGGGGACCCAGAGCCUUUAGCAGCUUCUGCUCAGCUCUGCGAGAAACUGAGCAGCAGCACCUGUAUGACCUGCUGACACAAUCCCCAGAAAAAGAUGGCAAAGAUACGCCUGUAGAGAUUAUUCAGCCUGAGGAAGAGCCUGAGGGAAAUACAGGCCGACUAGUAAUGCCGACAACAGAAAAGAAGAGAGAGACAUCCUCAGUAGACAGAGAAGGAGAGAGUGAGGUGAGCAGCACCUCGUCAUGUCCAGUCCAAACCUCAGAAAGCUGCCUGCGCUCAGAGUCACCAUUCAGAGGAUUAAUCCCAGUCAGGGAGGAAGACAGGAUGACAGAGAGACAGAGGACAAAGAAAAGAGGAAGAUAUAAGCAGACAGAUAGGUGUGUGGAUUAUUCUCUUCCACUUCCCACCCAAGAAGAAAUUGCUGCCAAGAGAGCAAGGACACAUGCAGAGUCCAUGGAGUUUAGUCUGGAUGCAGAUAGUCCCAUCAACACUCCUGUGCUCCCGUGCACUCCUGACUUUUACCUCUCUCACUGCCAUCAGUCUUACAAAAUGAAUUCAUCCCCUCGUGGUCUUGCUUUGGUGAUCAGUAACGUGACCUUUGAUCCUUGUGCGGCGCCGGACCUUGACCCUAGGAAGGGAGGUGAGGUGGACGACGAGGUCCUCAGGAAGGUCUUCACAGAGCUGGACUACCUGGUUACAGUCCACAGAGACCUCACUGCUCAGGGCAUGAGGUCGUGCAUUGAGAACUUUUGCCGUCGACCAGACCACCGGACAGUGGACAGCUGUGUGGUGUGUCUGCUCUCUCACGGAGUAGAUGGAGCUAUAUAUGGUACAGAUGGACAGCUCCUGCAGCUUGACUGGGUGUUUAAGUCCUUUGACAAUGCGCACUGUCCCCUGCUACAGAACAAGCCAAAGAUCUUUUUCAUCCAGGCCUGCAGAGGAGAGGAGAUGGACUGUGGAGUCGAGCAGAUAGAUGGGCCAGCGAGGACCUGCUCACCAUGCUGUGAACAGCUGGAUGCUGGAAGGGAAGGACAGGGGGAUGCACACUCUAGACAGAGAGGGGACAUGGGGAGGCCCAGGAUUAAACUGCCCCAGCGAUCUGACAUGAUCUGUGGCUUUGCAUCUCUCAAAGGUCAGAGAAUUUGCACAGCAGCCAUGCGGAACACCAAGAGAGGAUCCUGGUUCAUCCAGGAACUUAACACAACACUGCGCCUCCAAGCCAGAGACACACACCUUGCAGACAUCAUGGUGCAGGUCAACAGGCGUAUUAAGGAGCGGGAGGGUUAUGCUCCUGGCACCGCCCACCAUCGCUGCAAAGAGAUGUCGGAGUUCACCAGCUCAUUGUGCAAAGACCUCUACCUUUUCCCCAAGUACCAGCCCCAGUAUUGACUAACACACACACACACACACACACACACACACACACAGCAUUCCUUGCAUUGAAGCCUCUCGAUAAGGGUACACAAUGGUUCAUUCCACUCCAAUUACUGCCACACACUCACACAUUCCUCUGUUACAACUUCACUUCCAAACAGAGGAUUUAUUCAUUCAUGUUUUCUGUGUAAAUACUGCCUCCUCAGACAUGCACACACUUGUGCAUACACUCACAGAAAUCUUGGAAAGAAAAAAGGAGCAAGCUUAUGUUAAUCUACACGUACUCAGAAAUGGGCAACACAUUAGCAUACAACUUACUCGUGUGUCUGUGUCAAUGCCAGUUAGAGGGUUUAGUUGAUAAUCCUUUUUAGACAAAGACAGAAUCGUAUUUUAUUGUUUCCCUACUGCACAGCUACAGUACUUUGAGGUUUCACUAUCUUUUUAAAAUGUAUUUUGUACACAGAUCUAUUUUUGUGGCUUUAUUUUGUAUGAAAUUGUUUUUAUGAGCGUUUUUAAGCCCAUUGUCUUUAUUUGUAUGUUAGUAUGUAAGUUUGUUAUAAUUUGUGACCAUUUCUUGUUUUUAGUAUAGUGCCAGGCAGGGGGCAGCACAGCAAAGACAAAUGCAUUUUAUCAUCUCUCUUUCAUAAAUAUUCAUAUUUAUGAAAGAAAUGAAAUGAAGAUUAAACGGUAUUUUCUUUGCAACAGGUUUUUUUUAAGGACAAAAACCUACAGGGCAGCUUCACAAGACCUUGAAUUGUUUCAGUCAUUUAUUUUUUCGCUUUCAUUUGUGGAUGUUCAAUCAGGAAAAUUUAGCUUUUAAACCUUAAAUUCCAUAAAGAGGGCAUCCACUGUCAAUUUCACUUCAUAUCAGCUGUGUUACUGUAGAUCUGUCCCUGUCAGGGUGGGCUGCCUGGGGAAUGCGGUGCUACUUGUGGGGUCAUACAUCUACAGUGUGAACUCUGACCUUUACGCUAACUCUGACUCAUAAUAGUGUUUCUCCCAAUGUGGGAGCUGCACAUUUAGUUAGUCCCUCUACAGUUUUUGUGGUAUUUUACUGUAUCUGAUACAGUACAGAUAAAAUGUAUUUUGUAUGUCUUCCAUAAACAAUAUGCAGUUUUCUACAGCAGCCUGUGCCAUGUGAGGAUAAUCUGUUAGAUGAAUUUAUGACCAUGGAACUUUUAUUGUAUCUUUUUGGCACCCCCCACACAGAGAACACCAGUUCUCAAGGCUGUGGAAGCGUGGUUUCCCAGAAAAGCCCUGAUCAGGCAAAUUGUGUUUUGUUACUACAGUGUUGUAGUCAGUCCCUCCAGGAUUUCGCGGCAUUUUUUGGGGAUUGUUGCGGCCCAAAAUGCCCGAUUUUGCUGGAGCUUUUGUAAAAAAUUUUGAUAAAAGUUGCGAGGUCGCACUACGAGCACGCACAGACCCUGGCCUGAAAGGUGAUCACCCUUCUUAUCCUUUGAUUUUUGAAAUUAUUUGAACACAAACAUUGGAGAAGUAUAAAAGGGUUACUCUCCUGCCAUGUGAGACGAUGUGAAGGUUGAUAUUUGCUGCCAAGCUCUGCGGAGCAGCAGGGUUGGGGGGGGCCAGGAGAGUUUUUAUUUCUGUCAACACCAGUGACUGCCAAAUGUUCUAUACAAUAAACCAACCAUGCUUUUUUUAAAACAAGA